AUGCCGCCCCGCCGCGCCCCGGCGCCCGCGCCCGCGCCCGCCCUGCUGCUGCUGCUGCUCGGCGCGGGGCUCCGCGGCGCCUGCCGGGCCGGCCCGGUGCCCGCCGCGCCCCUGCCCGCCGCGCCCUGCGCCGCGCUGCCCUGCCGGAACGGGGGCGUGUGCACCCCGCGCCCCGCGCCCGGCCCGCAGCCCCCCGCGCCCGCGGGCGAGCCCGGCUACAGCUGCACGUGCCCCGCCGGCUUCGCGGGCGCCGACUGCCAGCUCGUUGUGGAUCCUUGUGCCAGCAACCCUUGUCACCAUGGCAACUGCAGCAGCCGCCUGGACGACUACCUCUGCAUUUGCAAUGAAGGCUUCGAAGGUCCCAACUGCGACCAGGCGCUCCCCAACCUCCCAGCCUCGGGCUGGACCGAGUCGCUAGCGCCCAGGCAGCUCCAGCCGGUCCCCGCCACCCAGGAGCCGGACAUCAUCCUGCCCGGCUCCCAGGCCACCGUGACCCUGCCCACCUGGCAGCCGAAAACAGGGCAGAAAGUGGUAGAAAUGAAAUGGGAUCAAGUGGAGGUGAUUCCAGAUGUUGCCUGUGGGAAUUCCAGCUCGAACAGCUCCGCGGGGGGCCGCCUGGUGACCUUUGAGGUGCCACAGAACACCUCUGUCAAGAUCCGGCAAGACGCCGCCGCCUCGCUGAUCCUGCUGUGGAAGGUCACGGCCACGGGGUUCCAGCAGUGCUCCCUCAUCGACGGCCGGAGCGUGACCCUCCUGCAGGCCCCCGGGGGGCUGGUGCUCCUGGAGGAGAUGCUGGCCUUGGGGCACAACCACUUUAUCGGUUUUGUGAAUGAUUCUCUCACCAAGUCUAUUGUGGCUUUGCGCUUGACACUGGUGGUGAAGGCCAGCAACUGCGUUCCACGGGAGAGCCGUGCCGGUGACUUGGAGUGUUCUGGAAAAGGGAAAUGCACCACGAAGCCAUCCGAGGCCACUUUUUCCUGUGCCUGCGAGGACCCGUAUGUGGGGACCUUCUGCGAGGAGUUUGACGCCUGCCAGAGCAAGCCCUGCCAGAACAACGCCAGCUGCGGCGACGCCAGCGAGAAGCUGGACGGAAGCAAUUUCACCUGCACCUGCCUGCCUGGUUAUACUGGAGAGCUUUGCCAAUCCAAGAUUGACUACUGUGUCCUUGACCCGUGUAGAAAUGGAGCAACUUGCGUUUCUAAUCUUGGAGGAUUCACCUGCCAGUGCCCAGAAGGGUACCUGGGGCCGACCUGCGAGGAGAAGGUGGACCCAUGCGCCUCGGCGCCCUGCCAGAACAACGGCACGUGCUACCCCGACGGCGUGCGCUUCAGCUGCAGCUGCAGCGCGGGCUUCACCGGCCCCACCUGUGCCCAGCUCGUGGACUUCUGUGCGCUCAGCCCCUGCGCCCACGGCACCUGCCGCAGCGUGGGCACCAGCUACAAGUGCCUCUGCGACCCAGGUUACCACGGCCUCUACUGUGAGGAGGAAUACAACGAGUGCCUCUCAGCCCCCUGCCUGAAUGCAGCCACCUGCAGGGACCUCAUUAAUGGCUAUGAGUGUGUGUGCUUGCCAGAGUACAAAGGAGUCCACUGCGAAUCCUACAAGGACCCCUGUGCCAACGUCAGCUGUCUGAAUGGAGGCACCUGUGACAGCGAAGGCCUCAAUGGCACGUGUGUCUGCGCUCCUGGCUUCACAGGUGAAGAGUGUGACAUCGACAUUAACGAGUGUGACAGUGGCCCCUGCCACCACGCUGGCACCUGCCUGGACCAGCCCAACGGCUAUACCUGCCACUGCCCACACGGCUGGGUGGGCGCCAACUGCGAGAUCCACCUCCAGUGGAAGUCCGGGCACAUGGCGGAGAGUCUCACCAACAUGCCCCGGCACUCCCUCUACAUCAUCAUCGGGGCUCUCUGCGUCGCCUUCAUCCUGAUGCUCAUCAUCCUCAUUGUGGGGAUUUGCCGCAUCAGCCGCAUCGAGUACCAGGGCUCGUCCAGGCCGGCCUACGAGGAAUUCUACAACUGCCGCAGCAUCGACAGCGAGUUUAGCAAUGCCAUCGCUUCCAUCCGGCAUGCCAGGUUUGGAAAGAAAUCCCGGCCGGCCAUGUACGACGUGACCCCCAUCGCCUACGAGGAUUACAGCCCCGACGACAAACCGUUGGUCACACUGAUUAAAACAAAAGAUUUGUAAUCUUUUUGGGGAUUAUUUUUCAAAACGAUGGGGGUCCUACACUCAUUUCAAUAUUUUUAAGAAAAUAAAGAGCUUAAGAAAUUUAAAACGUUAGCUGCUCAAGAGUUUUCGGUAGAAUAUUUAAGAACUAAUUUUCUGCAGCUUUUAGUUUGAAAAAAAUAUUUUAAAAACGGAAUUUGUGAAAUCCGUAGACAACGUUUUCAUGUCCUCCCAGCUCUCUAAACCGUCCGCUUCAGCUAGUGUGUGGUCUCUCCGCGGUAGACACGAGACCAGGUUCAUGUCUGGGGUUGUGACGCGAGUCUAACCAAGGCGAAGCUCCCAUGUGGCCUGUGAGUGCAGCUUUCCGAGUAGAGGUAGGAGAUGCUUGUAGACUACGACGCCUAAUCAGUAUACCUGUGACUUCACCAGGAGUCUGAAAUGUCUGUUUUGUGAAAAAGAAGCUAGUUUAAUUUAUUAUUCCUAACCCGAAUGAAAUUAGCCUCUGCCUUAUCCCGUGCAUGGGUGAGUAACUUAUUUCUGCACCGUUUGGUGGAACCUCGCGGAAACAUUCCUUUAAGUUUGUUUUUUUGUCAUUUUUGUGACAGUCAUCAAACCGGGCCUCGCAAACAUCCAUCACGAAUGGGCCUCGUGACGCAAAUGGUGAUCGAACUGAAUCUCUAUUUUCUUUAAGAAGUCCGGGGUUUUAUAUUGUGAGUAAAUUAACUUUACGUUGGAGUUGUUUGUUGCUAAGAAUUAGUAAGUGUACCAGCGUGCUGGUUCCUUCAGUACUGAGUAUUACCCUAGUGCAUCUUUAUUUAUAUCCAGGAC